AUGAGACAAUUUCCCCUGGACAAUGGAGCCACCUCCAAAGAGAUCAACAACCCUUUCAACGGAAAAGUACCACAGAGAGUCAUCCUAGGAAUCCUAGAGACCACAGCCUUCAAUGGAGAAUAUGACAAAGAUCCGUUUGCUUUCCAGAAAGUUGACAUUGAAUACAUCAAACAGAUUGUGAAUGGAGAAGAAUACCCUUACGAAAUGAUGGAACUCAACACUGGAAAUGGUCAGAAAGACAUGGUAGGGUAUCACCGUUUUCUGGAUGCUACAGGUUGUCUGUUCAGAAGUGAAGGAAACAUGGUGAGAUUCAGAAUCUGGGGUCAUGGAAAGAACUGUACCUUGUUUGCGUUUUCAAAGAUGGCCAAUGAAAGACACGAUGAUCCCAUCCUUCUCCCUAGAAACGAAGCCUUGAUUAACAUCCACUUGAAAUUUGCAGUGCAAGGGAGUCAGAAAACCAUCAUCAUCUAUGCCGAGUACGAAGGUUUGAUGGAAGUCGAUGGCAUUAAAGGAGCCACCAUGGUAGAUGUGUGCUAA